GUUAUGCAACGUGACCACAGGCUUAGGUCAUAUACCCUUAAUUCUGUCUGUGCUCAUUUUUUAGGUGAACAAAAAGAAGAUGUCCAUCAUUCUAUCAUUACAGAUUUGCAAAAUGGAAAUCCAGAGUCACGACGUCGUUUAGCAAUUUAUUGUUUAAAGGAUGCUUAUCUUCCUCAAAGACUUAUGGAUAAACUUAUGUGUCUGAUUAAUUACUUGGAAAUGGCUCGUGUAACUGGUGUACCUUUCAACUACCUUUUAUCUCGUGGUCAGCAAAUUAAGGUUAUUUCGCAAUUAUACAGAAAAGCAAUUGAACAAGACUUUGUUAUACCUGCGAGGAAAAACGUAGAAG